ACGUCAUUUCAAGACUUUGACUAUGAGCUGGCAGAGUUGAAGUUGGUUACUGGGAACAUACUUUAAAUAGACUCUACUAAGAAAAUUACAAAUAAGCUUUCAGGUUCAAGUAGAGGUACAGCGAUGUGGGCCACAAACGUGGGGAAUGAGCAUGGUCAGGUGCUCCUGUCAGUGCUCACUGAAGGCGAGGGGGAAGAGAUAAAAGAUGCUGGACGGCAUUGUGUCCAGGUACAGGAAUGCUGUGGCCGGCAGUGUGUAACAAAAUACUUUGAUGCCUGGCCAUUCCUUCAUGUGAACCUUGACACAUGGCACUUCAUUCCGCGGUUUCCAAACGGAUGCACCACAGACAAACACCAACUCUAUGGCCCCUUCAUGGCAAGGCUUAGUUGUUGCAUGUUUAAGAUAGAUGAAGACGACUAUGCCCGUCAGUUGAGGGCCAAGAGAGAAGAACUUUUACUUCAGGGUGUUCCAAAUCCCUCCGAAAAUGACGUUAUUCAACCUAUCUCCCCGGAUGAAGUGAGUCGCCACUGCAAGCGUGCAACUAGGGGCACAAAAGAAACAACAAAACACAUCACAGACUUGAUUGCGCCAUUGGGAGGUGAAAGAGGGCUGGACACUAGUGGAGUACCCCUGAUAGAUUCUAUCAAGAUUUCUGACAUCUGGGCCAAGCAGAGUCAACAUGUUGCCUGCCUUCAGGACCCUCCAGGUGCCAGACUUUACAGACAGGUCUCCACUGUGAAGAAAGGAGGAAUAUAGCUGCCAGUAUGCAGGUGCGCUAGAGGAUCUACUUCCCUAGAGAACUUUCAUCUGCACAUGGCCAGGUUCAUUCCAGGAACUCUUGCAAAGGACACAAGCUUUCAAGUCUACCUUCUGGACAGUAUCUUCAGGUGGAAUGCAGACAGGGCUGCUGAGACUGUUGCUAGUAACAGCCAGGCAACUGUCAUGCCAAGGACCUACAGUGGUCCCGUG